CUCUCUGACUGUGUGUGGAGUUACAGACCUGCUCUCUCACUCAGGAACUUUCAGCUUCAUCUGAACCUCAAAGCUCAUCUCAUAUAGUCUCGUCUGAAGAUCAGAUUUUGACUUUAAUACAGAAUCACAGAAAUGUCUGUUGGAACUGCGUCACUCUGCUACAGUUUUCGGUUUUUCAGCAUCUUCGUGUUUGUCUCUGCAGACCAGAAAAACAUCACAGCUGAGUCUGGACAGGACGUCACUCUGACAUGUCGAGCUGCAAACAACAACAUCAAAUCUGUACAUUGGAGCAGAGCUGACCUGACAGAUAAAUAUGUGCUUUUGUAUCAGGAUGGUCAGUUUGAUCCAGAAAAUCAGCAUCCAUCUUUUAAGAACCGGGUGGAUCUGCAGGACAGACAGAUGAAGGAUGGAGACGUGUCUUUGAUUCUGAAGAAUGUGACGAUUAAUGAUGCUGGAACAUACGAGUGUCGUGUCUACAUGGCAGAAAGACACUCAUGGAAUUAUAUCAACACCACCUACCUUCGUUGAUCCUCCAGGUGAGUG